AUGUCCCUCGACUCAAUGUAUUAUUAUAAAACAAAUGUCAAACAUUUAAAAAAUAAACGAAAAUGUCCACUUCAGUUCCACAAUUCCCCAACGCAGCUGUGCGCGGGCUUGGAGCAGCUCUUCGGCAACACCACCGUGGCCGACCUCGGGGCGGGCCUGGGCCACUACGGCAGGUGCUUCCUCCGCAGGUCAGAGGGCAUACUGAACCACCCCAACAAGGUGGAGAUUGAAAAUAUCAACAAAGAUUACACGAAUUUAAUGAAGCAUGCAGGACUCUCCGGUACCCCACAAGUCAUCAAUUCAUGGAACGGAUGGGAUGGAGCGGCGAACAUCGACGAGUUCACCAACGGGAGGAUAGCGUCAGCGGACCUCUCCAGCCCCGCGGCCCUCGGGGGUCCCUUCCACUGGGUGAUGAGCCUGGAGGUGGGAGAACACAUCCCAGAGUCCGGAGAGAAGAACUUCCUGGACAACCUGGUCAAGCACGCCUGCGUGGGAGUGGUGUUGUCGUGGGCUGUGCCGGGGCAAGGGGGACACUCCCACGUCAACUGCCGCUCCAACGACUACGUCAGGAAGGAGAUGGCCGCCAGGGGACUGGAGUCGGAUAAGCUCGCAGAGGUGAAGCUGCGGAAAAACGUCGACCAACUCACCUACUUCAUGAACACCCUCAUGGUCUUCAGGUACCCCAAGAAGAGGUGCUGAGGCCCCGUUCCGUCUCCUCCAACUCCUUUGAAUCUAAUAUAUUUGUAUGCGAAAAUAAAUUCCCAGACACCUGGCUUAUCAACUCUACUGAACUUCGAAGGGUGAAAAGGCCUCAGUAAUAUUCCGUUUGACUGAAGUUUGACUACUACUCCAAGGUUCCAUACUGUCCUUUUAAAUGCAUAAAAAGUUCAAUAAGGCUACUCAACUAGCCUUUCAAGCUACCGAAGACAAACUAACAAUUUAAAACAAAAUAAACAAAAAAAUCUCAAAACUACUUAUAAACUGUCCUUACUGUCCUAACAGUUAUGACCUGAAGUGACCUAAAAUGUUAUGCAUCAGCCCAGUCAACACGUUUAUGGUAAAUAGGUAAACUUAGUUUACAAUAGCCGCUGAAGAUUAACAAUUCCACCUUCUCAUUUGCCAAAUUUGCAUCAACAUAUAAUCGGAUCCUACAAAUGUCAUGGAAAUUCAAUUACGAUAAUUACAAAUUGGCAAAUACUUUCAGAGGUUUGAUUGACAAAAAACUGACACUAAGAAGUGCACAAGUUUGGAAUUUUGCACAGACUCACCAGUGCACAGACAUAGAUUCACACACUCAGACAGAUUUACAAAACAUGGCCAUACAGGAGUUUCGAGAAGAUUUAAUUCCUGUUUCGCACUUCAUCAAAUCUUGCACUUGCAUGUUUCUAAAAACUUAUUUUAAAAAUAUUCCCAAUUAAACUCAUGAUUAGUAUUUUCCAGAUUAACUAUUAAAUUGCACUAUGGAACUCUGGUAUGUCAGCAUCACCUAUUGCUUACUGCACGAAGAUGAGAAGGGAUAUGCAAAUUUGAAAAAUAUAAAAUUUUUAUAAGUUUAUAUGUAAAAUUGAGAAGUAAAUAUGCGAAGAUUUAAAGUAAAUAUGGGAAGCAGAGGAAUAUGUAUAAGAAGUGGAAACAAGGGUGUACCAGUGGACACGGCAGUUAUGCAAGGAUGCUUAUUUUCAAUUUACAGUAUGUACAAAUAUAUUUUUUAGGUACAACACUGGGGUGUUUCAAUGUAUUUAAUAUCAACUGCGUACAAAAACUACUUUAUCAUCUUCCAGAAACGUGUUCAAUCCAUAACAAAAAUUAAAAUAUUGUUACUCGAUCGUAAGGAAAUUAGACGAUUAAGUCAUUCAACACUUAACGCAGUGUCUCUCUUUGUUUGAUUUAUCACUUGUUCUAAGUACUUUAUAUUAUUUGUUAAAAAAAAUAAAAAAUACUUUUGCAUAUACCGCGAACCCAUUUCCGUGUGUGUGUUAAUGCCGAAGUGUUUAUGCCUAGUGUUCACUUGGGGCGUCCAAGAGCUGUUUGGAGUUGUGUUAAACCCAACAAUUACAUUCUGGUUAUGACAAUAAAUAUACUUU